AUGCGUUCCCAUACACUCCCCUUGCUGGCCUCCGUCGCUACUGGCCUGGUCAUUCCCAGCCCCCCGACGGAGAUGACGCAGCCGGUGACCGUGCACUUCGUCCCGGGCGCGUUCCACGGCCCGUGGGCCUUUGAUUUGAUCCGGGCCGAGCUCGCGUCCAGGGGCUUUAACAACACCUCGGCCUCGACCUUACCCAGCGUCAGGACCGCGGACCCAGACGUGGGCCUGUACGCGGACGCGGCCGUGGUCGUGCUGGUUGUGCAUUCGUACGGCGGCGCCGUCUCCUCCAACGUGGUCGAGGGUCUUAGCGUCCAACAGCGCGCGGCUGCCGGCAAACCGGGCGGCAUUAUCACCCAUGUCUUUCUGACCGCCAUGGCGCUUUCGGUCGGCCAAAGCGCCCUGGGUGUUUUUAACGGCACGCUUCCUCCGUGGUUGGAAGUAACGGAUGACGGGAGGUUUUACUUCCCUUCCACCCCAGAGCAAAUAUUUUACAACGACGUUGAGGAUCAAGAGCUAGUCGCUAAAUGCGUCGCCGCACUCCGUCCGGAGCCUUUUAAAAUUGUCCAAGACGCUUCGCGCUACGCCCCUUGGACCGAAGAUAAUUUUAAUGUAGCCUAUAUCCACACGGAACUGGAUCAGGCCAUCGACAUCUCUGUCCAAAAUUCUCUUUCGUCCCAGUUCCCCGCUGGCUCCUUUAUGGCGACCAUGAACGCCGGCCACUCGCCUUUCCUUAGCCAGCCCAAGGAGCUGGCCGACAAUAUCAUUGCGGCUCACCAGCACCUUCUUUCUAACUAAGUUAUCCCAGCCGAAGGGAUAUGACGGCUAUUUCAGGUAGCUGCUUUAUCUAGGCUUCUUCGAACGGGUUCUGUGGAGAGGAGGGGUGCUCACCUUGAUACUGGGCGUCCUGCCUUCUCCUGACUGAACGCGCACACACGGUUUUCAGUGAAGGCGCUGUUAGAUUUUAUGUCGCUUUAUAAAAUCCUACUACGGUAC